ACAGCCUUUGUAUCUGGGAGUGUACGACGACUGUCGUCAAACUAAAAAAAAACUAUAUGAUUUAGCAACUAUUGAAAUAUUUUUAACAUCAAAUAGUUCUCUUGAUAAUAAUCUACAAAAAAAACAUGUUUUUAUUGGUGGUAGGUCAUUUCUUGUUAUUAGGUUGGUUUUGCAUCAGGUUUAUUUUUUGUAUUUAUUUUUGGUAAGUAACAUAACCAAGAAAACAUGGCUGCGGCAGGUGAUGAUUUCGAUUCAUGGCUAAGUGUUAAAUUAAGAGCAUUAAAUACAGAUGAAAAUGUGUUCGGCUCGUAUAUAAAAGGAAUAUUAGAUGGCGAAGAAACUUUGGAAGAAAAAAUGGAAGCACUAGAAGGAAUACUUACAGAAAUUAUAGAAAACGACAUUUCAAAUCACUGCCGCGAGAUCCUGCAGGAAUGGCAGAAAUCUUUGAAGGCUGAUAGGAUUGCUGACGGGGAGUGUGCGGGCUGUGGAUCAGAGGUGGACGUUACCCUUGCCAAGUUCCUGGAGUCCCAGCCAAAGUCUGUGGCCGUGCAGCGCACCUACACGGACGAGGAGCGGAAGAUACGAGAGGCCAUCCUGGCCCAGUACAGUCAGAUGUCGGAUGAAGAAGAUGGAACUGUGGAUGAAAGCGAAGCAAAAGAAAACACGUUAGUGAGAAACACGAACGUGGCUGUGGUGCAGCAGGCAGAGAAAGAGAAGAGAGAGAAAGCCAAAGUGGAGAGCCAGAAGAAGAAAGAUAAGGACAAAGAAGACAGGGAGAGACAGAAGCAACAACAGCAGGAGAAGAAAGAGAAACGCAAGACACAGAAAGGGGAGCGCAGAAGAUAGCAAGAUGGAAUGGCACCGUCAUCAUGUUGUGAACAGCAGUGUUUUCGUGUUAAUUUAAUUUAUUGUUUAUUUGAAAGAGAUUGUAAGCUGCUUUGUGUGUGGUUGCUAAAUCAUUAGUACAGUCAUGGGCACAGCUCAAGACGAGGGACAAUAUCGUAAUGCUGGGGCUCAGAUUUCUAACUCAAUUUGUCUCUAUUUAUACAUUGCUGCACUUAUUUGUGUGCAUUAAAUUUGACUGUGGUAAAAACUGAUCACAUUGCCAUAGUAGCAAGGAUGAGCAUUAUUAUCACAUGUUUGGCCCACUAUUUCCAUUUUAUUCCUUGCCUCUUCGGCUUCACAGAAAAGUGUUUGUGUGGUGAUACUAAUGGUAAUACUGACCAUUAUAAUUUGCCAUUAUAUUUUGAAGUGUUCAAGUAUUUUUUACAGAAACAGCAUUUAUUAGUAACUACUUUGCAGAUGUGAUUCUUUCAAUAAAUAUUAAUUUUGGUUAAUUUUAGCAUGUGGUACAAGUACUCAUAUUUUUUUUUAAAAUAUAUUCCUAUUCAUUUUUAGGUGGUAAAUGUAUGUUUACAUGCUUGUAAUGAAUACACUUCCCAAACUUAUGUGUCUUUUUAAAUUCUUUAUUUUAGUUUUGUUAGUAUUGGACAUUGUUUAUGUGUUAUUUGUGUCAAGACUAAAUGUUGAUGUCAUCUAAAUCUUGACCAAUAAAUGUUUUCAUGUGUUGUCAGAAGUACUAAUUAAAACAUUUUUUGUGCCAUCUUUGUGAAUAUUAAAAAAUUUAUUUUCUACUUUUGUCCAUGUUUGUGACCAGAUUUAAAGAAUGGUGGUGAGGGAAAGUAAUUAUGAAUUUUGAGAACAUUUUAAUCUUGGAGAAUGGAAUUUGUUUACAUAUUGUGAAAUUAGUUGCGUAAUAGUUUGGUUACAAGAAUUUUUUUUUAAAAAUUUAUAAUGGAUCGGAUUAUCACCUGAAAGUUUAAUAAUGCUAUGAGUGAACUAAACUGCAAUUGUUAUUCAAAUUUGUAUGUGUUAAUUAGCCAUUAUUUUAAAAAUUAUAUUUGAAAAUGAUGGUCUGCCUUGAAAUAAAUUUGAAUGAUGUUGGACUUGGCAGGACACAAUUUUUUUGCUGGGGUUAUAAAUCAUGUGACUGUGAAGAUUCCAAAAGUCACCUGGAUACAUUUUUACUAGGGGUGUGCGGGAAUAGGUUUUUGUACUGCGGGAAAUUUUCGGGAAAAAUAAAUUAUUCCCGCGGGAAACGGGACGGGAUCGGGAAAGUUAAAAAAAAAAAAAAGCAAAUUUUUAAUUCUAAUAUGAGAAGAUGGCCAUUUAAAUGUUUCUUGCAAAGUUAGUUGUUUUUUUGCUGCUAUUUCUUUUGUCUGCUUCACUUGCUUUUUUUUCAGCUGCAACUUCAUAUUUUUUAGCAUCCUCAAAUUCUUUUUUUUAUAGAGGGAUGUUUAUUGAGAUGUCUUAGUAAUCCAGACGUGCUACCAUGCUCGCAUCUCAAAAAUUUUUCACACGAGACACACUUUGCCAGGGAUUUACUGUCUGUCAGACGUUCAUAAUACUUCCAAACACUUUUAGGUUUACAAGUAACAAGCUGAUCGGUUGCGACCUCCAUUAUUUGUAGGCUGCUAGUUUGUUUUAAUAUACAACUGCAUUGAAAAUAGGAACAGGUACUUUGCACAAGCCUUAAUAAUGUAACGUCAGCCGACAAAGCCCGCCAAACUAAACAGUAAAGCCUGGGCUACAUUCGCAAUAGCACGCAAACAGCACAGACGCACGGAAGUUCAACAUACACUAUUAGAUAUGAGCUGCCACAUUGGCAAAUAGCACGCGCACAGAAAAAUAGCACAGAAUCAGCGCACAGAAAGUUCAUUAACUUUUAACUUUUAGGUUAUUUUCUGUGCACGACCCUGGUGGUAGCCAAUCAGCAAACAGUUUAAGUACUACUCUAGUGGGCUUAUAAAAGAACAAUUGUCACGAAAGUAUUGGUGCUGUUGACUUAAGUAGUUCGUUAUUGUUUUCAAACACACGAUAACAUAAAAAUGGAAGGCACUUUUGAUAGCUGUAAUAGAAAGUAAAAAUAUUUUGUAUGGCAGGGGAUCCGCAGGAUACAAAAAGGAAGAAGCUAAAUUAAAUGCUUGGAAGUCAGUGUAUGAAUGUGUUAAAGAAGCCGGAUUUGAAAUAAACAGUGGUAUGUAUUUUUGAAUGCUCAUUGUGAUUUGUAUGUAAACUUUGAAGUAUGUAUUUAAAAUAUUUCUGGGUUUAACGAAAACCGUACCACAAUAACAACACACGAAUCUAAACAAACAAACAUAACAUAAACAAACGUCACUUAUGCCAACUUCACUGACCAAAAUUUUGAACGGAAGUUAUACAUUUAAAAACUUUUUUGAAUAUUUCCGGUAUUCUUUUGUGUUGUGUUGUGCGUGAAUGUAGCAUCUGUGCUCUCUCUGUGCGUGUGUGCUGUUUGCGUGCUAUUGCGAAUGUAGCCCGGCCUUAAACAACUAUUUUUUUCUCCCAAAGCAAAAUCAUAGAUGUUUAGAUACUUGUGAGCAGUGGUGUAAAACUACGUGAUUUCAUAUUUUUCAAAGUGCCAAUACAGUUCUCUACAUCGCCACUAUCAAGUAUUCUCUACAUCGCCACUGCUAUCAAGUAAUGAGAACGGUUACGCUUCGUUAUGUAACGCAAGUCUAGUAUUUCUUAUAUCUUUGGCGAAAAGGUUGGAUUGCGCAUGUGUUUUGUUUGUGUCUAAGGACACACAGUGUUGCUGUUGCUGCAUGUCUGUGACGUUAAUUUUGGUAAAAUUCAGUUUGGUUGUAUCGAGUUCAUUUUAUUAGAUGUGCUAUAAACAUAAAAUUACCCCCAAGGAGAUUAAAGAAUUUAAGCAUGCAAUGCUUACAUUAUGAAAUGAUGAUAACGUAGAUCUUUUAUAAAGUUAUUAGCAUAAAUAUAAACUCUGAUUCUUUGUUUAGUCUUUUAAUAUUACGUAAUUUGUUUUUAGACCUACGUAACUUUUAAACUGUUUAUGUGCUGAAAUAGCUCAUUGCUUAUACGUCAAUUGUUUUGUAGUGUGUGUGAAGCAUUUGGCGUGAACUUUAUCGUGUUUGUUUUACAUUUGUUUUAUUGAAUGUGUAGUGUGAUUUCUUAUGAAUGUGCCUAGAAGUCAGUAGCACUGAUUUACUUUCUUAUCAUGAUUACUUUUGAAUAAAGUUUUAGGGUAUCAUGAUUGAUUCUGUGUGUCAGGGUGUGGUGCACAGUGGUACUCUGUAAAUAUUAGGUCCAUUUUUAUAUGGAUGGUCACAUAGUUAUUAAUUCCUCACCAACAUUGGAAGAUAUAGAUAUGUUCAUCUGGGAUCUUUUAUAGCACAUUUUUGCAGAGUUAAUAUUUGGGUCGUGAUGAACAUAUCUAUAUCUUCCAAUGUUGGUGAGGAAUUAAUAACUAUGUGACCAUUUAUGGAAAAAUGGACCUAAUAUUUACUGAGUACGUUGAGUCAGGUGAGAAGAACAUCCUUGUGGGGAGUUCAGAGUGGUUCAGAUCAGCUCUUGAGGAGCGCCUCUGUGGUGGGAUAGGCCUGGGCUACUGCACCAGGUAUUGCAGGUAUGCUUGGUCGUGCUGCUGCCCGCUUCUUAGGCAGUGUUGGUUCUGCGACUUCGUGUGGCAGUGCUCCUCUCUUCGGCGUGGACGAGAAGGGCAGUCUCGCAGGCUUUCGCCUUUUUCAUUCUCCCUUGCUUGCACAGAUGAGGCAGGAGCAUGGCUUAAACCUCAUGGUGUAGGGUGUACUGCUGACAAGGUUGAUUGUGACAGCUACUCGGACCUAGAGAAGACUGUAUUCCCAGAAGCUUUAAAUGCAGAGUACUACACCUCCCCACUAUGCAGUUGACUGCGUAGGCUCACUGCGGCAGGGUGUGAGGGUGGAAUGCAAGACACCUCAGGUUCUGCAGGGCACCAGCGAGAGGUGAGGUAGGUAGUCCCCAGAGUUGUAGUGAAGAUAUAGGCUUGGGUUUAUUGUGUGGAACACAAUCUCGCGCCUGCUUCCUCGAUGUGCCUGAGGCUUGAUUAGUGCCUACAGUACUUAACUGGGGGGUGGCUGGUGUGAUCUGGAGGCGGUGUCUCUGUGCGAGCAGUGAAUAGCAACACUGGCAGCAUUCAGCCGCUCAUCACUUAUUAUUUGAUUCUAGCAUUGACAGGAAUGGGGGUAGGGGGAGUAAAAUCCCGAGGGUCCGUGUACCAGACGAGUUCAGUUUGAUUUCAAGAUUUUUUUGGUUUGACCCUGAUAUUAUGAAAAUUACAAGUCUACUGUUAACAGAAUUCAUAGGAAACUUUACGAGCACAGAUCAAGUUUAUAGACUACAGGAACGUUUACAGUCUUUAAAUAUUUUAUUAAAUAUUUGGAUUUGAACAGUUGUGAUGAUUUAAAUAAUAGGAAGGAGCCCAACAAAAUGAUUUUCCCCCAGGCCUUAGUUUUGCUCGAUAGUCCUGGGAUGGGGAUGCAAUGGGGAGUCUGUGUGGAGGAAGGGGUUGAAGGGUGUGACCAGCUGUUCCUUCAACCGCGGUGGGCAGCCUCGGGGUUUCUGGGCUCUCACCCUCCUCUCAAGGCUCAAGAGGGGUGGCAGCACCUGAUGCAUGCCUCCAGGCACACUCUCAGGCGUCCGAUGAGAAAUGAAGUCGGUGCCCUGUUAUUGGGGUGCAAUUUAUAGCGACAAGUUAACAUUACCUACAUAUUUAAUUUUCACUAUACGGUAGGUGAUAAACAUAAAUGACAUUCCAACAGUACAGUAAUUAUUGAAAUAACAUUCAAGUACAGGCAUGACAAACAUGUUUUUUUUAAACAGUGCAUAAACUGUGUUGAUAUGCGUAGUUGGUAACUUAACACCAUGUCCAUUGUGAAUAUCUUGCAGCCUUAUCUGCUUGGGAAGGUGUCUGGUUUCAUGAUAAAUGUUUGUAAAUUGGUAUUCGUUGAAGCAAACAGUACUGAAAUGAAAUGUUUUGGAUGUCUAGGGACAUCUCUGGAUUUUAGUGUUUUAUUGCUGUUGUCCAAAACAAUUUUAAAUCAAUACUUUUUUUAUUACCUGUAAAGGAGCUUCUUUCUCAUGUCAGUUUAUGCAAAAAUGUAAUUUGAUGCUAUUUGUUUUACUAUUUUCGUUAGGCAAAUUUGCAUUUUGAAGAGCAAUCUAUUAGUAUAGUCAUUUGUUAGUAAUUGUUGAAAAAUAUUUUUGGUUAUAUUGGAAUGUAUAACGUUUUUACAUAUGCCUUCUACUGUUAAUACUCUGUACUGCUAGGACUGAUAUUAGCAAUUUUUUUUAUUUGCUCGACAUUUAAAUUUUGGGGUUCCUCUGACUUUUAUACCUUGUUGUAUGUUACGUAAUUUCACUAAUUAUCUUUGAGGACACAAAUCGAGUGCUGUUUUAAUGUGAAUAUUGUAAAAAUUGAGGUAGAAAUCUGAGCUGUUAGUCAAGGGUUUAUGUAACAAAUGUUUGUGUGUUUUAUUGGGAAUAUAGCUAAAGUUCUACACUUUAGUGCUGAUGUGAUGUCAACACGAACACCACAGGACUGUUUUACUCCACAAUGUUCUAAUGUACCUGCGACCAGGCGGAGGCUGGCUAGCUGUGCCCUGACUGUGAUAACUCCUUUUUAAGGUGACCAGCCAAAAGAAUGCUGUUUCUUUUUAUGUGUGCACUAUAGCUUUACCUGAAUUGGAAUGUUUUUAGUUGUCUGCCGUUCUUACCGCUCUUAGGUAGCAGUGUAGUGCUGUGCCGGCAAUGUUGGAUCAAUGGAUUAUUGAUAACUUUGGAAGCAUGAAGCGUUUUAAACAGGGUUUUAAUGGUGUAUUUGCUAGUUCAAAUUACACCUCAGGAUUUUUUUUUUUACUGCUAGGAGAAAUGGGUGAAUAGAGUGUGAGGUGUUUGCCUUCUUCCUGUCCAAAUGCGGCAAAAUGAAUUUGGAGCCAAAUUGAAAGGUGUAUGAUGUAGGUCAACAGUGUUUACUCUGUUAACAGCUGUAUUUCCCGGUUGAUCACUUGUCUGGUGCACAGUCAUUAUUUAAGCAAAAAAUUUCUUCUUUGUUUCAAUUAUUUAUACUACAAUUUUUUUCUAUGUGAAUGAUUUGUUGGUCAAUUCAGUUUAUGUAAUAUUUUAUUGAUCAGUGUGGUUUAAAGACAGUGAUUUUUUUUAUAGCACUGCAACUCCUGCAUAAGCAUUUUUCGUGUGUGUCAUGUUGCGAAGAGACAGAUUUAGAAAGGAGCUUUAGGGUUAUGUAAAGCUUUUGGAAAAUCAAAGAUGCUCUUAGAUUUCAAAAAUUUGAUGUGUCAUGUGUGUGUAUGUAUAUACAUACAUACACUUAUACUAACAAAAAUUUGAAUUUAUUUUUACUAGUUUUGGCUGCAUUUAUUUUUUAAAGGAAUUAUUUAGAAUUGGAAUAAAACUGAAUGGUACCUGGUAAAUUUAUGGAUUUUUAGUAAGAAUCUGAAUCAGCAUUAAAGAAAAUUGGGACAUGCAUGUUAACAUUUUGGGGUAUACUGUAACAAAUAUUUCCUAGUUUUCAACUGUUACAAUUUUUUUUUGGAGUGAGAUGACUUCAAAUUUCACAAAAUGAGUUAUUUAAAAAUGACUAUUUCCUGAAGCAGAAGCCUAGUCAAAAUAUAAUUUGGUGGAGGGAUAAAAUACUUAAUUGUUUGUUUAGAACAAUUUUUUUUAACUUAAAUUAUUAAAUUGUGCUAUUUUACGUAUAUGCGACAAACUACACAAAUCACAGAAGUAAGGCUCUUCAAAACAUACCUUUUCUACAUAAUUUUGUAAAAUACGUGGAGUUUAUAUCCCUAUAUCCUAACUUUGGCUUUGCCACUGGUCUGAUGGUUUCUAAUGUUUUGUGUUCUAGGUUAGAUUUCUAUGUGUAAAGUUAUUGUGAGAUAACUUUUAUAUAAACUAAAAUGCUGGGAUGUGUCCCAGCAUUUUAGUUUAUAGAAAAGUGAUUUCCUGAUAUAGUUCAAAGCCAUUGAGUAGUCAUUUUUCACGAGUUAACUAUAAAGUUGUUGCUUACUUGUGCCAUCGUGGACAGCACAGAAGUUGGAUAUCAACACUUCAUGUUAACUUACUUUUUCAUUAAAUAAAAUUCUCACAUGUUUCAAAAUGUCACAACCACCUAGCAGGUUCAGUAUGUAGUUGAGUUGUGAAACUAAUUUUAUUUACUUGCUGCCAAAUUUACAUGGUCUAAACCUGGCUGGGUUGCAUUAAAUUAGGUUAAAUUAUGUUUCGUGUUGAAAAAAUGUGUGACUUAGGCAUUAUAAACGUGGAAAUCUUGCCAUUAAUAUUUAUUGUAGUGGUUUGUUUGAAAUUUCUUGUUUGAAACUAUUGAACUGUAUUAAUAUAUUAGCCGAAGCACGCAGUGUUGCCUGGCUUAGAGUGAAGAGGUUUGCAAAAAUCUUUUGAGUUGUAUCGAAAUUCUGCUUUAAAGGGGGCGGGAAAUGGUAUUGGUGGUGACCUACCUCUUGUUUUGAAGGUCAAGCGUACAAAAUUUUAUCAGGUUAGUAAUAGAACCUUAGAUUUGUAUUAAAAACAAACCAAUAGGUCUGUGCAAAGCUUCGACUAGGUGAAUCAAUCAAAACUCUUUUUAAUACUUGAUUUGACUUCCCCAGGAAAUUAGCUAUUUGUUUUAUGUGAUCUUAUGGUUGUGAUGCAAAGCUUAGCGUCUGAUGUGAAGCUAGGUGUUUGUUGCAAAGCUUUAAAACAUGGACACACUUUUAAUUAUAUAUGUUCUUCACAAAUAAAGUUGUUUGCUUAAAAAAAAUCAAAUGUGGCACUCAGGUUUACUUUUGUGAAUGCUCAGUAUUAUUAUUAUGCAUGUUUAGUUUGAUCACUUUUAUUGUAAAUUGUUAUACGUAGGGCCCAAUUGGUUAAUAACUUAAUCAGUUGAAACAUUCAAAAUAUACAAUUUUUUACUACAAUCUAGUAUUUUAUCAAAUAAGUUUAAUACAGCCUUGCUGAACAAAAUAUUCCCAAUCUUCUUUGGCUGCAUGAGUUUUUUUAAAAAUUGAUUUGAUAUUCGCUUUGCAUCAAACAACUAGCAUUUGCACAGGCCUGCAAACCAACAACUAGAAACAUAUACACAUAUAUAUCUAUAUAUAAAGAAAUUGUAUAAAGAAAUAAUGUAAAUGUAAUAUUAGGUAGCUGAACAGUUGUGUAUAGAUAGAUUAUUGUUAAACAGUGACAUGAGAAAAAAUAUUAAUUGACUUAGUGGCAGGAUACUCAUCUAUUUGAGAACCAUAGUUUAUGUAGAGCUAGUUUUUGUUUCCUAUUGAAAGUAUGACAUUACUAUAUUCUUUGCAUUUUUUUAAAAUCAUAAAUGUGUAGAUAUAUGUGUACUGGGUGUUUUUAUUUAUAAAAUCGAAAGCACAAUUUGGCAUACUGAUUUAGAUAUUUUAUUCUAAAAUUGGCUUCUAUAUAAGCUAAAAUUACAUGCAUAAUAUUUACUUCAUAAAAAUAAAAUUGCAACAACAAUAAUGCUUAGUCUUUUCAUUGUAAUGUAGCUUUUUUGAAUCCAUAGUUGACAGUAGGAAAAAUUAUAGGAAUUUAUAUUAACCUACCAGUGACAUCUUUCAUGAAUUCAGGAUACAUCUUGUAUUAACGUGCCAGUAAUGUAAAAUUUUCCUCAAAAUACAGGAAUAUUACAACAUUAGCUUAAAUGAAUAUCACAUUUUAUUUAGAACUUUCAUAGUUAAAUCUGUUGGUUGUUAGUAUUAAUUAAUUGAAUAUUUAUUUAUUCUGAAAAAAAAAAUUACAUUCUUACUUAGUUACCGGUACUUAAUAAUUUACUUCUAUACUUCUACUAUAAUUAUUUUUCAGGAACAUUCUAGACAGAUUUACAUUAUAGGGCGUGUUUGUUUUACAGAUGUUUAGUCUGGAAUUAAAAAAUUUAUUAAUGUACCUGCCAAAAGUAUUACUAAUUCUCUGAAAUUUCUUUUUACCAACUAUGACAAAAGCAAUGUAAUAAAUGUGAUAUUAAUGAAACAAUACUUUAAAAGGUGGGAAUUUUAUAGUUAAAAUGAUAUCCUAAAAGUGCAGUCCUACUAAAAUAGUAAAAUGAAUCAGUUAAACAUUGUAUAUCCCUUUUAAAUAGUAUUUUAUUGUUAAUUAUACAAUUAUUUUAUUAAUAAAAUUAUAAUAUUGUAUCCAAUUUAUCCAAUUGGUUGCCCAUCCUAUCAACAGCGUGAGACAGACAUUCCACACACUAUAUCUUCACAACUGAGAAGCUAUCAUGACAAAUACGUAUACGUGUAUUAGCACAUUUGAUUUCAUUUUGCAUAGGAUUGAAGAUCAGAUCACAAGAAAAUUGUCUUACCCCAACAUCGUACAUCAUUUAAAUGUGCUAAUCAGUAGUUCUUUGGCUGAUGUUACGUACAAAAUCACAAGCAGUACUGAGCAAUCAACACUCGCCAAUCAAAUUAUUUGGUUCGCUAAUGAUGAAGCGCAACAUCGCUCUGUUGUGAGCGGUUGCCUGGCACUGGUGUGGCGACCCUCAAAAACUGCCAUUUGGUGUGAAUUUUUUUAGUUUCUAGAGGUGACUUAAUCACUAUGUCGUGCACCAGUCUAGCUUAGGUGCAAGAGAGUGAAAAUACAUUAAACUUGUUUUUAAAUAAAAAAAUAACAUUCAGAGUUUCAUAUGAUUACAAAUGAAAAUAGGGUAACUUUUAAAGCCACAACAAUAAUAUUUACAUAUUCCAUUGUUUUCAGCAAUUUGUCAGAUCUGUAAUGGAUUAACCAAAGCAGCAUGUACGUAGCUGAAAUAUUUGUUGAAUACCACACAAACAAUGUCUCCAUUCUAGUUAACUCACAUACACUCGUGCCACAAUAAAAUAUAAUUUAUAUUUUAUAUUACCUUAAUAGUUUACAUAUGUUUUAAACUGAGUAUAAUCACUCGUCUCAUAUUCCCUACUAAUAUAAAAAUGCUGAAGUUUGUUACUUAAGCACUUCUUUACUAUGGAACCUUUUUGGAUAAAAUUUGGAAGAGAGGUGGCCCAUAGACUGGGCUAACACAGGCUAUAGUAUAUCAUUACAAAAUUCCACUCCGAAGGGGUGAAAGGUGCAAGUUUAGUUUUAACAAAGAAACAUAUCUCUGAAGCAAGUGAAGCGAAAGGUAAUAUUUUGGAUUUGAAUAAUUCAAUUUUGAAGAAAAAAAAAUUAUUUUUACCAUUUUCUUUAAUUCCUCAUGUCGAGAGAUGAAAAGAGGUAAAAUAUGGUUUUAUAAUAAAAUUUAUCCCUCCUAAGCUAAGGCUAAGGUAUUGGAUAUAGAUAAAUUUGUUUUACCAUUUUCCAAAAUUCCUUCUGAAGGGAGUGAAAAUGGAGUACUUUGUUUCAUAAAGAAAUAGUUAUACGUACUGUCAAAUCUACUAAAAGGGAAGGUAAGAAACUGAGUAUUUUCAUUUUUCAAAAUUUGACUCCAGGUGUUUAAUCUCGUAACAAAAAAAUUAUGUGUCUGAAGCUAAUUGAUUUACAUUUACCAUAAGCAUUUAUUAAAAAUAUUAUAUAAUUGGCUUAGUUAAUUUGCUGAUGAAAUGAUUAACUAAAGCUUUAUGUAGUUACUUAACAUAUAGCUAUAUAAAUGGCUUAGUUAAUUUACUAAUAAAAUUAUUAACUGAAAGCUUUAUAUAGUUACCUACAGUUGUAAGUGCCAAAUUAAGUACAGUUAAGGUUUAAUGAGUUGAUGGGUUAUCUUGGGCAGUUGUGUGUGUGUUGUUUCUGAUGAAUAAAUAAGAAUGGAGUUAAUGCUAACUGUUUUUGGUGUGCUCUUAUACAAAGUUUUUAGAAAUUAGCUAUGUUAUAAAUGUGAUACGAGUAAAAGGUUUCUCAUAUGUUUGUAAUUUCAUAGUUUAACAUGUUGGUGCUAUAUUAUAAUUGACUCACAAAUUAGUCGUGCAGCUUAAGUGGAUUGAAUAAAAAUUCUUUAACUGUCUUGAAUUGCUACAUUAGUUUAGGGAAGAAAUAUGCAUUAGAAUCAUGUAUUUAUUAAUUUGAGGUGUUAAUUUGCUUGUUUACUCAAUAUGCUAAGUAUGCUUUAAGAUAAGAGUAAUUGGUAUGAAUAUUAUUACAAAUAAAUUUUUUAACAAAAUAACGUGCAGCGAUGUGUAGUUUGUGAAAAAUAUGCAUCAUAUAUUAAUAUACAAAGAAAUCCUGAUGUUUAAAUUUUUUUUUAAAUUUGUUCUUUUUUAUUUUAUUUUAAUAGACAUCGAGUAUACUGUACAGAUUGUUGUGUUUUAGCAAUGCAUUUGUUGGGCUGCAGGUAUAACUGAAUGCCUAUUUAUUUUUAGUGAGAUAAUUUGAUUUAUUGUAACAGAAUUUGCAUUUGUUUGAAGACUUUUUAAAAUAUAUAAAUAAUUGUUUAUACAUACUUACAUACCUAUACAUAUACACAUUUAGUAUAAACACAAUUUCAUAAAUAUAUAUACACAAAUUACAUUUUUUCUGUGUUAUGGUGUAAACACAAUGUUAUUUUAUCUUACUGUGUAAGUUUUGUAUUUUACUGUCUGUCUUCAUAAUCUGUACAAUAUUUGACUGCCUAAGCUAUGACUAACUUAAGUACUGUUUCAUGUUUCUAUCUUGUGUUUUGGCUGGUCACAGUGUUUUAUAGUUUUGUGAAUUUCUCAUUGUUAAUAAGUCUGAGUACGAUACAAUUACCAAUACUUCGUAUUUGGUGACUUAUAUCUUGUGUAUUGUGAUAUUUGUUGUAAAUUAUAUGAUGAAGACAGUAAGAUUGUAUGGCGUGUAAUGCCAGUAAUGCUUGUCUUAUUCAUUGACAUAAAUUUGAUUAUCAUAGAAUAAUAUUAGUAUUUAGAGUUUUGUUAGUCGAGUUCAAUUUAUGGUAUGUAUUUGGAUUGUAAAAUUUAGUAAUAAAAAUGCAUGAU